CUGAACCCUGAGCCAGGAGCAUCUCAAGGAUCAUCGAUCCAUCCUGCCAUCCCUGGCCAGCACCAGCACACUCACGGGUCACCAGCCUCCUCUGAGAUCGACAUUCAGCCGUCUUGGAAGAAACAUAGUCUUUCCGCCCAUAUUGGCAGGAUUGUAUGUAUUGUCCGUCGCGGUUGACCGAGGCUGUUCCAGGUUCAAGGCUCCCGCGUUCGUAAGCGCCUUGCCCCGGAUUGGUUCUCGCUCGCGGAGCGCCACAUCGCCCACCUCAACCUCAACCCACUUCGCCCUCCCUCAUCCACAUCAUGAGCCUCCGCUCCUCUUGGACGGUCCGCCACGCCGCCGGUGAGCCACUGGCCGUUGUGCGCGUGCGCAACCUCCAGACCACCGUCGUGGGGCCGCAGGACGCCUGGGGCCGCGCCAAACUGCAGCAGCCUCUGCUCGUGUCCGCCGAGCUGCACUUCACCCGCCCCUUUGGCGCCGCCGUGGCCGCCGACAAUGUCACCAGCGGCGACACGGUCCACUACGGCGAGCUGAGCAAGCUGAUCCUGGCCUGCGCCGACCGCUCCAACGACCACGCCUCCCUCGAGGGCGCCCCCAACAUCGACCUGCGCGUCCUGCUCGAGAUGAUCUGGAUCGUCCUCACCGGCCGUAAUAUCGACGGGACAGAUGCCGAGCCGGAGGCUGCCCCCCUUCUGGACCGCUCCCGCCUCAGGUUCAUCUCAUUGACCGUCUCCUUGCCCAAGGCCUCGCUCUUGGGUGAGGCCGUCAGCUUGACUGCCUCCAACGUCUAUGCUCCCUUCUCCGUUGGGCCCUCCGCCCUGUCCAUGUACGGUCUCUGCCUCAAGCUUCACAGGAUCAGGGUGCCUACUCUGGUGGGGGUCAACAACAACGAGAGGCAGGCCAAGCAGUUUGUGGUCGUCGACGUGGAAGUCGACAAGCUUGAUUAUUAUCCAGACAUCUACUGCGAGCUGGAGAAGAUUGUAGUCCAGUCACUGGAGAAGUCUUCUUUUGAGACGCUAGAGGCUCUUGGUGCCCACCUGACAAGCACCAUCGUGAGAGACUUCAAGCCCAAGCCUGACGAGCUCUUCACCGGCGAGGAGGGCUGGCAGGUGAAGGUCAGCAUGGAGAAGCCCACCGCCGUUCCCUUUGCCGAUUGCCCGGUCGUUGAAGUCCGAGCUUCAGCAGCGGUCAUGAACGGCACCAGGUCACACCGCUAGACUGGAAGUGUACCAAAAGCCUGAUGGGGCCAGCCCAUGAUUCUAAGCAGGCCAAAAUCGCAUCACCCCACCCGACCGGGCGAAUCAUAUUCAUCUCCCUCAUCGCUCGUCGGCAUGCCUCUCUGACAGCGAGGGAUGUCACCUUUAGUGACUCGCUGCACAAAGUCCGGAUCGGGGUUGAACAGCAUGACAUGAAAGUGCUCCACGGCAUGGAUCGACUUGAGGCUCGGCGGGUUCUUGAACCAUAUGCGCUAUGGUCUAUGUCAGCUCGUGCUCUUCUCCCGCCAGAGGCACAGCAUCACUGACCUUGUUUUGGCACACACCGGGCGAGAAAGUCUUGUCCACGAAGGCCUCUAUCUCGGCCUCAGUUUUGUGGUCGUCAGGCAAGUCAAACUUGGUCCAGACCACCAGAUGAACGAUACGUUUAUCGAGUCCAUAGGGCCAGUCGUUCAUCAGAAUUUUGAAGUCAUCCUGGCAUUCGAAUAGCUUGCUUCCCAGGGGCGUGACUGGCUCGCUCCAGCGCAGCCUCUUUCUCAACAUGAAGUUCAUGACACUUCCGUGGUCGCGCUUCAGCUGCCAGGUGUACUUGCGAUAUUUUCGCAGGUCAGAUGGCCAUCUUUGGAAAUCAGCAAGCCUUCCCGUACGAAUGAUAUCCACCACCUGUGGCCAGGUUUGCACGCGAUACUCAUCGUCGGGUGUUCCGAUGAUGCGGACAUCCUUGUUGCUGGCACCACGCAGGAAUUCUGGACAUUCAUCCUCGCGGUCCUCUGGUGCGAUGUUGACUUGCCAGUAAGGCAGCUGUUCAGGGUGUGAGUAGCUACCCAUUGUGGGAUAUGAGAUGGGGGCUGUCUCUUGAAGAAAUUCUCAAACAAAGCGGUCUCCGCAGGUAGGGAUAGUAAUGGAAGGAGAUAAUUCUCAACCUGUAGAGAUAAGCAAGUUGUGUCUUGGCCCGACUGCCCCUUAUUGUUUGCCCUGAACCAACGUGCUCCGACAACAGUAAAUGGGCAGGGUGAUCAAGUCAGUGAAUGCGGAAUAUCACUCGAGGUGAUUGUGCGGAGUGCUGCCACGGAGCAGCCUCGUUACCCAAAACAAAGCGGUCAUGUCAAAAGGGGGCGUCGGCCCCCGCGAAACUCGCCCGGACGUGGAAAGAGGCACUUGCCAACCUGGGCUGCGGGAGAUAGGUAACUGAUUGUUCAUUCACCUAGCAUAGGACGAAGGGGAAGGGAAAAGGGAGGAUUAGGUUCGAAAGAGAAUGGUUCCCCACGUGGUGGAGGAGCAUCGGUGUGGAAGGACAACGAGACGAGCGGCCCAGAGAUUACGCAUGGGACGUGGACAGCAAAGCGGUUUGCAUUAUUGGCUUGCCGAUCACCCAACGAUACCUGCCCGGUUGCCUGGGGAGACCCGGCAGCUGGUGGGUGGGUGGAGGGGCGAGAAACCCGAUGGGCUGGCUGGCUGGUUGGCCUGCUAUCAGGUAGCUAUCAGCACAGGAUAUGAAGUUUCACGAAACAUCACCGUAUCGUGCAUGUGCGGUUUUGGAUGGUGUUGAGAGACAACUGC